GAGGGCGGGCACCUCGCACCGACCGCGCGGGCCGGGAGCGCGCACGCCGCGCCCCGCCCCCGUCCUCCCGCCGCGGCCGCCGCCGAGAAGCUGUUGCCGCCACAGGUGUCUGCAAAUGGUGUACAUUGUCAGUGCCAUCCAGCGUGUGCCAGGCUGAUCCAUGGUCACUUUCCGGGAUGGCAGCAAGGUGACUUCAGCUGAGGAUGACCCUGACUGAAAGGCUGCGUGAGAAGAUAUCUCAGGCCUUCUACAACCAUGGGCUGUUCUGUGCGUCCUACCCCAUCCCCAUCAUUCUCUUCACGGGGCUCUGCAUCUUAGCCUGCUGCUACCCGCUGCUGAAGCUGCCCUUGCCAGGAACAGGACCCGUGGAAUUCACCACUCCUGUGAAAGAUUACUCGCCCCCACCUCUGACCUCUGACCAUAAGCCUGGAGAGCCCAGUGAGCAGCCAGAGUGGUACGUGGGGCCCCCGGUGGCUUAUAUCCAGCAGAUAUUUGUGAAGUCUUCUGUGUCUCCCUGGCACAAGAACCUCCUGGCAGUAGAUGUGUUCCGCUCGCCUCUGUCGAGGGCGUUCCAGCUGGUGGAGGAGAUUCGGAACCACGUGCUGAAAGACAGCUCCGGAACAAGGAGCCUGGAGGACGUGUGCCUGCAAGUGACUGACCUGCUGCCAGGCCUCAGGAAGCUCCGCAACCUCCUGCCCGAGCAUGGAUGCCUGCUGCUGUCCCCCGGAAACUUCUGGCAGAAUGACAGGGAGCGCUUCCACGCGGACCCCGACAUCAUCAGGACCAUCCACCAGCACGAACCCAAAACCCUGCAGACCUCGGCCACACUCAAAGACCUGCUGUUUGGCGUCCCUGGGAAGUACAGUGGGGUGAGCCUGUAUACCAGGAAGCGGCUGGUCUCAUACACCAUCACCCUGGUCUUCCAGCACUACCACGCCAAGUUCCUGGGCAGCCUGCGGGCCCGCCUGAUGUUGCUGCACCCCAGCCCCAACUGCAGCCUCAGGGCAGAGAGCCUGGUCCAUGUGCACUUCAAGGAGGAGAUUGGCAUCGCCGAGCUCAUCCCCCUGGUCACCACCUACAUCAUCCUGUUCGCCUACAUCUACUUCUCCACACGCAAGAUCGACAUGGUCAAGUCCAAGUGGGGCCUGGCUCUGGCUGCCGUGGUCACGGUGCUCAGCUCGCUGCUCAUGUCUGUGGGGCUCUGCACACUCUUCGGCCUGACGCCCACCCUCAACGGCGGGGAGAUCUUCCCCUACCUGGUGGUGGUCAUCGGGCUGGAGAACGUGCUGGUGCUCACCAAGUCCGUCGUCUCCACCCCGGUGGAUCUCGAGGUGAAGCUGCGCAUCGCCCAAGGCCUGAGCAGCGAGAGCUGGUCCAUCAUGAAGAACAUGGCCACAGAGCUGGGCAUCGUCCUCAUUGGCUACUUCACCCUCGUGCCUGCCAUCCAGGAGUUCUGUCUUUUUGCUGUCGUGGGGCUGGUGUCUGACUUCUUCCUUCAGAUGCUGUUUUUCACCACUGUCCUGUCCAUUGACAUUCGCCGGAUGGAGCUGGCGGACCUGAACAAGCGGCUGCCCCCUGAGGCCUGCCUGCCCCCAGCCAAGCCAGUGGGGCGGCCAACGCGCUUUGAGCGGCAGCCGACUGUGCGGCCAUCCAUGCCCCACACCAUCACACUGCAGCCGUCCUCCUUCCGCAACCUGCGUCUCCCCAAGCGGCUGCGUGUCAUCUACUUCCUGGCCCGAACCCGCCUGGCACAGCGCCUCAUCAUGGCCGGCACAGUGGUCUGGAUCGGCAUCCUCGUGUACACGGACCCGGCCGGGCUGCGCACGUGCCUGGCUGCCCAGGUGACGGAGCAGAGCCCACUGGGCGAGGGCGGCCUGGCCCCUCUGCCGGUGCCCGGUGGCGUGCUGCCCGCCAGCCGCCCAGACCCUGCCUUUUCCAUCUUCCCGCCGGAUGCCUCCAAGUUACCCGAGAACCACACGUUGCCGGGGGAGCCACCUGAGCCCGGGGGUCCAGCCGAGGGCAUCCAUGACAGCCCGGCCCCAGAGAUCACCUGGGGGCCUGAGGAUGAGGAGCUCUGGAGGAAAUUGUCCUUCCGCCACUGGCCCACGCUUUUCAGCUAUUACAACAUCACACUGGCCAAGAGGUACGUCAGCCUGCUGCCUGUCAUCCCGGUCACGCUCCGCCUGAACCCGCGGGAGGCUCUGGAGGGCCGGCACCCUCAGGACGGCCGCAGCGCCUGGCCCCCGCCCCAGCCCGGGCAGGGUGGGCUCUGGGAGGCCAGCCCCAAGGGGCCAGGCACGGCGCAGGCGCACAGAGACCUCACCCUCUACAAGGUGGCGGCCCUCGGCCUGGCCUCGGGCAUUGUCCUUGUGCUGCUGCUGCUCUGCCUGUACCGACUGCUCUGCCCGCGCAACUACGGGCAGCCCGGCGCGGGGCCCGGCCGGCGGCGGCGGGGGGAGCUGCCCUGCGACGACUAUGGCUACGCGCCCCCCGAGACGGAAAUUGUUCCCCUGGUGCUGCGCGGGCACCUCAUGGACAUCGAGUGUCUGGCCAGCGAUGGGAUGCUGCUGGUGAGCUGUUGCCUGGCAGGCCACGUGUGCGUAUGGGACGCGCAGACCGGAGACUGCCUCACCCGCAUCCCGCACCCAGGGCAGCGGCGGGACAGCGGUGUUGGCAGCGGGCUGGAGACUCAGGAGACCUGGGAACGGCUGUCGGACGGCGGGAAGGGUGGCCCGGAGGAGCCUGGGGACAGCCCUCCGCUGCGGCACCGGCCCCGGGGCCCUCCACCACCUGCCCUCUUUGGGGACCAGCCGGACCUCACCUGCUUGAUUGACACCAACUUCUCAGCGCGGUCGCAGCUCCCCGAGCCGGCUCAGCCCGAGCCCCGGUACCGGGCGGGCCGCCGUGCUCAAGACUCCGCAGGCUACGAUUUCAGCCGCCUGGUGCAGCGCGUGUACCAGGAGGAGGGCAUGGCUCCCGUGCACACGCCAGCCCUUCGCCCACCCUCUCCCGGGCCUAUGUUCCCCCUGGCCCCUGAGGAGGAGGCUGGCUUUCCUACGGAGAAGAGCUGCCCGUCCCUCGCCUGGGCCCCCAGCGCAGACGGCUCCAUAUGGAGUCUGGAGUUGCAGGGCAGCCUCAUCGUGGUGGGGCGGAGCAGUGGCCGGCUGGAGGUGUGGGACGCCAUCGAGGGCACCCUGCGCUGCAGCAGUGAGGAAGUGUCGUCAGGCAUCACGGCCCUUGUCUUCCUGGACAAAAGGAUCGUGGCCGCCCGGCUCAACGGCUCCCUUGAUUUCUUCUCCUUGGAGACCCACACUGCCCUCAGCCCCCUGCAGUUCCGAGGGGCCCCGGGGCGGGGCAGCUCCCCCGCCUCCCCCGUGUACAGCAGCAGUGACAAGGUGGCUUGUCACCUGACCCACACCGUGCCCUGUGCACACCAGAAGCCCAUCACAGCCCUGAAGGCAGCUGCCGGGCGCCUUGUGACUGGGAGCCAGGACCACACGCUGAGAGUGUUCCGUCUGGAGGAUUCGUGCUGCCUCUUCACCCUGCAGGGCCACUCAGGGGCCAUCACGACCGUGUAUAUUGACCAGACCAUGGUGCUGGCCAGUGGGGGCCAGGACGGGGCCAUCUGCCUGUGGGACGUGCUGACUGGCAGCCGGGUCAGCCACAUGUUCGCUCACCGUGGGGACGUCACCUCCCUCACCUGCACCACCUCGUGCGUCAUCAGCAGUGGCCUGGACGACCUCAUCAGCAUCUGGGACCGCAGCACGGGCAUCAAGCUCUACUCCAUCCAGCAGGACCUGGGCUGUGGCGCAAGCUUGGGUGUUAUCUCAGACAACCUGCUGGUGACCGGCGGCCAGGGCUGUGUUUCCUUUUGGGACCUAAACUACGGGGACCUGUUACAGACAGUCUACCUGGGCAAGAACAGCGAGGCCCAGCCGGCCCGCCAGAUCCUGGUGCUGGACAACGCUGCCAUCGUCUGCAACUUUGGCAGCGAGCUCAGCCUGGUGUACGUGCCCUCCGUGCUGGAGAAGCUGGACUGAGGGUGGGCCUCCCCGCCCCUCUGCCUGGGGAGCUUGGUGGGCAACACACUGGACCUGGACUGGGGGGAAUGCUGAGUCUUGGGGAAGCUGCUUCUGACUGUCCUUUCCUGCCUCAUGACUGUAAUAUUAAACCUUUUUUUUUAAAUGACA